GCUUGCGUGCUACAGUCAUGCAGAGGAAGAGCAGAUUUUCACUUGGAAGCUGAGAGACAUAGACAUGUGCGGAAUCUUUGCUUAUCUCAACUACCACGUGCCACGGACUCGCCGUGAGAUCCUGGAGAUCCUUAUUAAGGGCCUGCAGCGGCUGGAAUAUCGGGGAUACGAUUCUGCAGGUGUGGGCAUUGAUGGCGGGAACAGCAAAGAAUGGGAAAUCAAUGCCAAGUCCAUUCACCUGAUAAAGCAGCGUGGGAAAGUGAAAGCCCUUGAUGAGGAGAUCCACAAGCAGGAAGAUAUUGACCUGGAUGUCGAGUUUGACGUUCACUUGGGCAUUGCCCACACCCGCUGGGCCACUCACGGUGCCCCAAGUCCACUCAACAGCCACCCACAGAGAUCUGGCAAGGACAACGAAUUCAUUGUGAUUCACAAUGGAAUUAUCACCAACUACAAUGACCUGAAGAAGUUCCUGGAAAGCAAAGGCUAUGAGUUUGAAUCAGAGACAGACACAGAGACCAUUGCCAAGCUGGUGAAGUACAUGUAUGACAACCGGGAAAGCGACAUUAGCUUUGCUACUCUGGUGGAGAGAGUAAUUCAGCAGUUGGAAGGGGCCUUUGCGCUCGUCUUCAAAAGCAUCCAUUUCCCUGGCGAGGCAGUUGGCACCAGGAGAGGGGGCCCCUUGCUGAUCGGAGUGCGUAGUGACCACAAGCUGUCUACAGAUCACAUUCCUGUGUUGUACCGCUCCUCUGGUAAAGACAAGAAAAGCUGCUCCACCCUGCCCAGGAUGGAUCAGGAUACUUGCCUCUUCCCUGUAGAUGAGAAGGCUGUUGAGUACUACUUUGCCUCUGAUGCCAGUGCGGUGAUUGAACACACCAAUCGUGUCAUCUUCCUGGAAGAUGACGAUGUUGCUGCAGUGAUGGAUGGACGUCUGUCCAUCCACCGCAUCAAGCGCACAGCUGGCGACCAUCCUGCACGUGCCAUCCAGACACUGCAAAUGGAGCUGCAGCAGAUCAUGAAGGGAAAUUUCAGCAGCUUCAUGCAGAAGGAGAUCUUUGAGCAGCCAGAGUCUGUCAUCAACACCAUGAGAGGAAGGGUCAACUUUGAUGACAACAGUGUGAUACUGGGUGGGCUGAAGGACCACAUCAAGGAGAUCCAGAGAUGCCGAAGACUCAUCCUCAUUGCUUGUGGGACUAGUUACCAUGCUGGAGUGGCGACACGUCAGGUACUGGAGGAGCUGACUGAGCUUCCAGUUAUGGUGGAGCUGGCAAGUGACUUCCUGGAUAGGAACACCCCUGUCUUUCGGGAUGAUGUCUGCUUUUUCAUCAGCCAGUCAGGAGAAACAGCAGACAGCCUUUUGGCCCUGCGCUAUUGCAAGGAGAGGGGGGCACUGACGGUGGGCAUCACCAACACUGUGGGCAGCUCUAUCUCCAGGGAGACAGACUGUGGCGUGCACAUCAAUGCAGGACCUGAAAUUGGCGUGGCCAGCACCAAGGCCUACACCAGUCAGUUUGUGGCCCUCAUCAUGUUUGCACUGCUGAUGUGCGAUGACCGCAUCUCCAUGCAGCCUCGUCGUCGGGAGAUCAUCCAGGGCUUGCGAGCACUGCCAGACUUGAUCAGGGAGGUGCUGAAUCUGGAUGAUGAGAUUCAGCGGCUGGCUGCUGAGCUGUACCAGCAGAAGAGCGUGCUCAUCAUGGGCCGAGGCUACCACUAUGCUACGUGCCUGGAGGGAGCCCUGAAAAUCAAGGAGAUCACGUACAUGCACUCUGAGGGUAUCUUGGCUGGGGAGCUGAAGCAUGGCCCAUUGGCACUGGUGGACAAGCUGAUGCCCGUCAUCAUGAUCAUCAUGAGAGACCACACCUACACCAAGUGCCAGAACGCCCUUCAGCAAGUGGUUGCUCGCCAGGGCCGACCCAUUGUCAUCUGCGACAAGGAUGACUACGAGACCAUCAAAAACUCGAGCCGUACCAUCAAGGUGCCACACUGUGUGGACUGUCUACAGGGUAUCCUGAGUGUCAUCCCCCUACAGCUGCUCUCCUUUCACCUGGCUGUGCUGAGGGGCUAUGAUGUGGACUGUCCAAGGAACCUGGCCAAGUCUGUGACGGUGGAGUGAAAACUAAUGACCAGUCUCAUGCCUUCUCAAUCGAGAUAUCCACAGCCUUGCUUCAGGCAGUUGCACAUGCAAGUGGGAGAAGAAAAUAAUAAUUUUUCAUUUAUUUCCAGUUUUAUAUGCAUAUUCUAUCAUGGCUAUUUUUAGUGGGAUUUAUAUUAUUUUUUCAGGACAAAUUAUUUCUUUCCUUCUUAGUCAUUUGUGAAGGCCAUAUUACUGUUGUAGUGCUGUCUUAUCAGUGGUGGCAAGGUAUGGGCUGGCAGUCUCAUGAGCAUAUGGUGUUCCUGUAGUUGUUUUGUCUUUGUGAAGGUAAGCGCUGCUUCAGACUGCAGUGAACGGAAACCAUUAUCCAGUAGUGCUUUGACUAAUUUAAGGUUAUAUUUAGUGUCUCAUUAAGGAAGUAAACCAAUCCAGUAUAUUUUCCAAGACCUGGAGGGAUAAUGAAGGAUUAAUUUGGCAGCUGAAAUUGUCCAUUGCUCUGUUAAAUUGUUUAACUGUUCACAAAAAUUCAACUGCAUUCCAAUCUUUCAAAGCAAUUUUGUAUUCUGUUAUUGUGCAUGGUAUUUACGUUGUUUUAAAGGGUACUGCUGUAGUAUUUUUGGGAUUCUCAUAUUGUUUCUACUGGUGUGCUUCUGUACCACAAGGUUAUAAACUGAAUUCUGAACACCUAUUUCCUGCUGCUUUCAAAAAUACAACAUUUAGGUCAAAUAUAGACUCUCAAACUAAAGCAGUUCACCAUGGGAAAAUGAAUUUGAAUUCAGAGAGCAAUGUUUUGUCAAAAAUGUAGCCAUUGACAAUGGAAUGUUCUGCCUGUUAGAAUUAAUCAUUGUUCAACUCCUAAAUAAGUAUUAAAAAAAAAAAGGUUUAAGGUGUAAAGCUUUUCUCAGCUGUUUAUACCAAACCUGUUCUUUUUGUAAUAUAAUUAGAACUACAAUUUUCUUUAUGGAUCUCCUGAUCUCUGAAGUUCAUUAUUGUUCUUGUUACAUAGUUCAUUACACAUUUUGCAGAAGAAUGAAUUGGUGUUACAGCGUGUACUAAGUACACCAAUGUUUGUGAUUAAGAGGUCAUUAUGUUCCCUUUCUGUAAUUGUUUCCUCAUAUGGUCAUGUGAUAGUUCACACAGCUGUCACUACAGAAAUUAACUGUUGCUAGUUUAUAAGUUAUACUUCAUUCAAAAAUGCUUUUCCGAAUUGGAGGAAAGGAGAACUUGUAGUCUCAGUAACACUGGAGGGGAAGGUGCAGGGAAUGAGGAAAGAGUGGUUAGACAAACUUCUUAGCCUUCUCUUCACUUCCUUUGAACUUUUGGUUGAGUGUUAUUUUGUGUGAAGAUGCUGGUGAAUCAUAUUUUGUGAUGGUAUUAAGAGAUGUGUCUCCUGUGACCUCCAGUUUAGAACAUGAUUGGAUGUAGGAAAAAGUAAGUCCAGGUAAAAUGAAUUCCUUGUGUAUAACUGGAAAGACGGUACUCCUUGGAAUCCAUGCCUGUCCACACCUUGCCACCUCAGCAAUUUUGAUUGUAAUUGUGGGACCAUUGUGUUACUCUUUUUUUUGGGAGAAGCUUAUUUAAUAGGGUGUUGUGGUGAUAGUGUAUUGUCUACUCUGUAUAUUCUUAAUGGUUCUUUUCAAGAUUUUUUGUUUAAGCCAUGGUCAGAUUGCAUUGGUGAAAUACUGACAAUGCGAAAACCAAAAAAGGAUUCUUUAUACUUUCCAGAGAUGGCAAUUGGAGGAUAAGAGCAUGAAAGGGGUUACAAGAUUGUAUAUAUUGUACGUUUAACAGUGCAAUGUUUGAAUAUAGUGGAGUUGCUGCUUUAGAUAAAGCAAAACAUUUCAGUAGUAUAUAAAUGGACAUUCUGCACAAGGUUCACAGCCAAGUCUUUAUGCUUGUUCUCUACCCAGGAUUUUGCUUGCAAAUAAAUUGUCAACUUGC